UGGGGUUGUGCGGCCCGGACUCGGCCUGCUCGGUGACCUGGAGUUCGAGACCAUCGCGCUUACCCUGCGUUAUGCAGCGUUUCGCUUUCACGUCAAGGCUCAGACUUGCACAAAAGGUUUCAAGAGCGCAUCAAAUUGUUCUACAGUCGACUACCAUGGCGACAGCGUCAGACGCAGGAGCGGACAGUGCGCGCUCUCCAUUGUGGACCCCGGUCAAAAUCGGAGAGGUGCAGCUAUCGCACCGCAUCGCAAUGAGCCCCAUGACUCGCCUGAGGAUGACCCCCGGCUCAGAGCUGCCCAAUGAUCUGGUCGCCACUUACUACGAGCAGCGAGCCUCCAAGGGGGGCCUGAUCAUCACGGAAUGCGCCUACGUUGUGCCCGAGGGCCGCGGCUACGUCCGGGCGCCUGGUAUGGCCACUGACCCGCAGGCGGCUGCUUGGCGGCCCGUAGUGGAGCGAGUUCACGCCAAGGGAGGGCACAUCUACAUGCAGCUGUUCCAUGCGGGCCGCGUGUCACACAGCAGCCUGGUGGGAAAGCAGUUGCCCGUCUCCGCGAGCCCCGUGGGCAUGGCAGGUCAGCUGUACGUUGAGGGCGGUGUCAAGCAGGACUACGAGGUCCCCCGGGAGCUGACGACGGCGGAGGUGGAGGCCUUGCCGAGCAAGUUUGCGGAGGCGGCCGUGCGGGCGGUGAAGUUGGGCGGCUUCGACGGCGUCGAGCUGCACGCCGGCAACGGCUAUCUGCUGCAGAGCUUCCUGGCCAAGAAAACCAACCUUCGUACGGAUAAGUACGGCGGGUCCAUCGCCAACCGAUCCCGCCUGCUGCUGGAGGCGAUUGACGCGGUGGCGGCUGCGUUGGGUCCGCAGCGCACCGCCGUGAAGCUGCAACCCGGAGUCACAUUUUCCGACCUUAUCGAGCCCGAGGAGGACGUGCGGGAGACACUGGACUAUUUGGGUCCGGAGCUGUCGAAACGCAAGUUGGCGUUCGUUACGCUGUCGAGCCUGAACGGGGAGCCCUAUUACAAGUUUGCGGGACUGCAGGCCCCCAACGUGAACUUCGACGUGUUCCGCGACUUCCGAUCCAAGUACUCCGGAACUCUGGCCAUCAACGGCGGCCUCGGCAUCGAGCAAGGGGAGCAGUACGUCACCGACGGUGUGGCUGACGUGGUGUUGUACGGAGUCCACUUUAUCGCCAACGCCAACCUUCCUGAGCUGGUGGCGGGAGGAGUCAAGACGGGCGGCCUGAAUAUGGGCAGCUACAACGCCAAGGUGUGGUACAGCAAGGACCCAGCUGAGGAUGCUGUGGGCUUCACCGACUGGCCGCUGGUGCAGCCACCCUCUUCGUCGCCCUCGGCCUGACGGCUGUAAGGAGGGACAUGUACGGCCGGGGGUUUAGGUACAUUGCUUUGUCUGAACCCAAAGGAAGUGUCGCCUCAAUCGGCCUGCGCACACACUAUAUAAAUUUAAGAAAGGAGCUGCGGUUGAUCAAGGUAGUGUGGUAAUGUGCGUGCUGUGCGGGUUUGUGAUUUGCAAGUUCGUAAAAUAAUUGGCUGUCCUGGACAGGCAACGGUCGUUACGAUUCCCGUUGCCAUGUCGUCGUGUAUGUAUCGUCCGCCCAAGUGAUAUCGAAAGGUUCCCAGGAUACCGCGCUGGUAUAAUGCCUGUUAUGGCAAUUCGGAGGGUGACAGUUGCGAGGCAUUACAUAUAUCGGAUUGCAUUUUCGGCGUCCGAAGAUGGUGCCGCCUCUGCUGCAUGAGGCAAUGUUGUCGUGAAACUGUGGCGAUUUGAAAUCCUCUUUUCUCGGGAUACAUUAAACGGCGGCGGCGAGGCGGUCGUCUGCAUUAUUUAUGUGACAUUAUUGCUCGCGAUGUAUUCGAUGGGUUGGUUUGCGUUUGAGAUUAGAACGUCGAAACUGAGUUGCAGUUCGUUAACUGGCUCCUGAUGCCGUGUACGCGCUGUCGCAUUGUUUGAGACUGCCAACGCAGGCCUGGUGACGUAUUUUUAAAGUUGGCUUCACGCAAAA